AAACAACCAACUUCGCUCACCACAAUCGAUGAAUAAAUAAAUAAACCCCUAAACCCUCAAAAUAGUUGCAAUGGCAACCUCAAGAUUGUUCCGAACUUCUAAACCUUUGCGUCAUGCAAUUUCUUCUUCUACUUGUCCAUCUUCUUCAUCAACAAAUACUGUGAGGUGUAUGAAUAAGGCAGGGUUUAAUGGGGAGAAGAGAAUUUGUGGGAAUGCUGAUCAGAUGAGAUCAACGGUGCCCAUAAAAACAUCUGUGGCUACGUCAAAUAGGAUGUUGAUCACAACAGGGCCAAAGGUUGAUCCAGUAAUUGAUCUUGCUUCUUUGCUGGCUGACGUUAUUGAUGCCGUGCUUAAGGUGUUAAGGCAAAUUUUGGAGCGAAGACCUUGGAAAUUAAUCCAGAUGCUCAUUGAAAGGGGUAUAGUUGAUUGUCGGUUUUUCACAUUAUUUGCUGUUGCGGGAUCCUUACUCGGUUCAGUAUUGUGUUUUCUGGAGGGUUCCUUUCUUGUGGUAAAAUCAUAUUUCCAGUUUUUCAAUACGUUAUCUCCAAAGACUGAUCACGGACAUAUGGUUCAUCUGAUUAUAGAAGCCAUUGACGUUUACUUGGUGGGAACUGCUAUGCUAAUUUUCGGGGUAGGAUUGUAUGCCAUGUUUGUGGGACCAAAUAAUAUUAAAGAGAAAGAACGAGGGCUUUCAGGGUCCAAUUUAUUUGGGCUCUUCUACAUGACGAAACUUCCAAAAUGGAUAGAAGUGGACUCAAUUUGGGAAGCUAAAUCAAAAAUAGUGCACGCUGUAAUGAUGAUACUUCAAGUGGGAGUGCUGGAAAAAUUCAGCACUACACCUCUUGUUACUAGUUUGGAUAUGGUUUGUUUUGCUGGAGCUGUAGUAAUUUCCUCAGCGUGUAUCUUCCUUCUCUCCAGACUUUCUGUGGCCGGUAAUAUAGAAGGAUAGGUAGCUGUGGCUAUUUUCUUCAAACAGAUCAAGACAAAGUGUACUCAAAUUCUUUUUUGGUUAUUCAUAUUCUUUUUGUACCAUAAGCAGUAACUCAAAACGAAAAGCAUAUUCCGAGCCCCUGUCAAUUGCCAUAAUGUAAAAGGCAUGUAUUGAGCAUACAAACAAUGAAACUUAGUAGGAUUACCAAUAAAUAAUGUACAAAAAACCCACAGGCUACUGUUUACCAUUUACUUUGUGACGGAUACCUGCGGCACUAUUGUCUCUUGUAAUAUAAUAUUUGUUUCUGUUACAGCAGUAAACGAACAUUCAGUUUCUUCGA